AUGCUCGCGAAUAACGAAUUCGAGAAGAAUCAUUACAAAUUGAUGAACAAUGCGAUAUUUGGAAAAACGAUGGAGAACGUACGCGAUCACGCUGACGUUCGACUUAUAACGCGUUGGGAUGGGAGAUAUGGUGCGGAAGCGAUGAUAGCGAAACCGAAUUUUCACAGUAGAAAUAUUUUUUCUGAAAAUCUAGUUGCUGUGGAAUUGCGCAAACUCGAGGUAAAAAUGAAUAAACCGAUAUACGUAGGUAUGUGCAUUCUCGAAAUAGCUAAGUUGCGUCUAUACGAAUUUCACUAUGAGUACAUAAUACCAUUGUAUCGCGAUACAUGUAAGAUUUUGUACAUGGACACUGACAGCUUGAUUUAUCUUCUGGAGUGUGAGAAUGUAUACGAGGACAUCAAUCAUGAUAUCGCGAGAUUCGACACGAGUGAUUAUCCUGAGAGAAACGUGUAUGAUAUUCCACGCGUUAAUAAUAAAAUACCCGAUUUGAUGAAAGAUGAAAAUUGUAGUGCGAUUAUGACGGAAUUCAUUGAACUCAGAGCGAAGAUGUACGCGUUGAGAGUGAUCGGAAAGAGCGAUACGAAGAGAAUAAAGGGUGUCAAGGAAAACGUAGUCGCGAAAACGAUCACUUUCGACGAUUAUGUGCGAUGUUUGAACGAUGUAACGGUAUAG